AUGUCUCGGUCCAUGAGCCUCAACAUGAGGUCGGCCUCGCGCCGCGACCUGCCGCCUCCCCAGAAGACAAUUGAAAGGUUUGAGAAGAUGGUGGAAGGGGGAAGUUACUACGAGGCCCAACAAAUGUACAAGUCUACCAGUGCAAGAUACAUUACUUGUCAAAAGUAUUCGGAAGGCUUGGACAUCCUUCAGUCAGGAGCUACAAUCCAGUUGAAGCAUGGACAGAUAACUUGCGGUGCUGAACUCGCUGUGCUGUUCGUGGACACUCUUGUCAAAGGGCAAUUUCCUUAUAAUGAAGAAACUUUUGAUCGUGUCAGAAAGAUAUACGAGGCGUUCCCCAGGAUAAAUAUGCCACAUUUCCUUGGAGAUGAUUAUGACGAUGAUGGGCAGAAAUUAUCCGAAGCUAUUUCUGCUGCAAGAGUGCGUUCUGAAGGUUGUUCAUCAUUUCUAAGAGGAGCUCUCAGGUGGUCUGCUGAGUUUGGGACAUCAAGAAACGGAUCUCCUGAUCUGCAUGUUAUGUUGGGUGAAUACAUUUAUUCGGAAUCACCAGAAACGGACAUGACUAAAGUAUCAAGUCAUUUUGUGCGCGGUAAUGAUCCUAAAAAAUUUGCUUCUAUGCUGGUAAACUUUAUGGGCAAGUGCUACCCUGGUGAAGAUGAUACUGCAAUUGCACGCAGUGUCCUAAUGUAUCUAUCACUAGGGAAUCUCAGAGACGCAAAUUUACUUAUGGAUGGGAUGAAGGAGCAGCUAAAAUCUGCUGACUUGGAACUUCCAAAAACAGAUUUAAUUGAGUUUAUCAAGUAUCUUCUUCAAACGCUUGAAAGAGAUGCUUACCCUCUUUUUAGGACACUUCGACAAAAGUACAGGACAAGUACAGAUCGAGACAGUGUAUUUGAGGAGUUAUUGGAUGAAAUAGCUGCAAAAUUUUAUGGUGUACGGCAACAGAAUCCUCUGGAGGGACUUUUUGGUGAAAUGUUCAAGUGUAAUUGA